GGUACUGUUCUGUGCACGCGUAAGAAAUCAUGUAGCUUUACUCUAGGCUCUCGGCUCUCCGCAUCAUCGUAAAGAGUGCGUGACCGAGAACGUUGGGGCGUUUUAAAACCUGCACGUGGUCAGGGUGCUGUGGCUUUGCCAGUUUCAGUGACUUUGGGGCAUGUCUUUCAAGUAUGCGUACAGUGUCGUGAAAAAUGUGUUUUCUAGUAUGAGGCAGGUGUAGCCUACUGAAGUGAUCAGAUUUCAGCGGUUGAUGCAGGCUUCCAUGGCCACUCGUCCACGUGCUUGAGGUCUUGUUCAUUUGGAGCAAGUGCGCAGGGAUCAACAGAAGGUUCAUUGUAAUUCACACUAGACCUCGUAGAAGCUGCUUUAGUCAUUGACAUGCAGAGAUCAGAGCUAAUCUUUAACACUGGACCUCAUCGCAAGUUUUCUCUCUUCCUCAAAAAUCAGUUACAAUGAAACUUACCUUGGACUAGAUUGAGAAUCUUACUUGGUGCUGUAGCAUAUUAGCUUUGCUUUGCUGUCUUUAAUUUAUUGAUUUAAUUCUGUUAAAUAUAAUAACGUAUCUAACUUGAGAGCCAUGUAGUUUGGCUGUCAAAGUAGUAGACUUUGCCUACAGACAAAAGGUUGGAAAAUCGGGAACAGUAAUAGUCAAUGCUGAGUACUGAUUGAUGGCAGAGUUGUGUCAAAUGGUCGAUGUGCUUUAUCUCAUUAAAUCGUCAGCGAUAACUUUUUACAUAAGCAAACGUAUUUGAAUGCGUGAGCUUGCUUUGAACACUUCCAAGUGUGGAAUGUAAACAUUCGAUACUUAUGUCUGUUUUGUAAAAUAGGUGAUGGCAAUGUAAAAUGACUUGGAGUAAAUUAGUGUAUUUUUCAACUUGGCAGCUUGCUUCAAAAAUUCGUAGUACUGUUUCCUUUUUGUGAACUCCAAUUGUUUCCAAGUCCUCAUUACAUAACAUUAAGCAUUAGAAAGAGGUAGCUGUUGGGAAAAGGAUUACUGACUCCAUCUUAAAUGGCCUGUUUUCCAUAUUGAAUUUCUAAAUAGCAUUCCUUAAUUGUUAAUUAAAACUAACCUUAAAAUUUUAAAAAUGACAUAAUGAAACAUGAGGGUAUGUUUUUCAAUACCAAACUAAGGAAAUGAAAAAUAAUGUGUUGUGCCUCUGCUGAUUAGUUUGAGCACAUUUUCAUGAACAUGUGAAUGUUAAGAAUGUUAGAUUGUCUGCAUUGUAAAAAGGCUGUAUUUCAUUUUUCAAGCUUGCUUUGAAAUAUCUGAAAAGUGUUCUCAGCUUUGAGUCCAGUACUUCAGAAGUUAAGUUUUUAACUGGAUUUAAUUAAUUUUGACUUCCUUGGUCACAUGUUCCUUUUGACUAUGUUUUCAGAGAUGAGAGUUCAGUGAUUUCCGUAGUCAAAACUGUUCAGGUUAAGCCAGCUAUUCCGAGACUGGUGGUGUGAUAAAGUGUCUGUCCCCAGGGCAUGGUAGUAGCUGGAAGGACUGGAGAGGAUGGAGAAAGUGCUUGGAGGAGAUGAAUCUUGAGAUUGGAGCAGUCAGAUUUAAGUGCCUUCUAGAAAAAUAGUGAGAUUACUUCCUUCACCAGUCAGUAUUUAAGAGGGUUCCUUUACCUCACCACUUUGUCUCUAAGGAAGAGGGGAGGGGAGAGUUUCAUAGAUUAGCAAAGCUGUAUUCAAAGCCCACUGCUAUGGAGUUGAUUCUGACUCAUCAUGAUUCUGUUGUAGGCUUCCCACGCUGUAAAUCUUCAUGGGAGCAGAUAGCCUCAUCUUUCUUCCAUAUGGCUGGUGGUUGAGAACUGCCAACCUUGUGGUUAGCUGUCAAUGCUUAUAGUGCUACCAGGGCUCCUUGGCUUAUGGAAAGUGCUUCUUAAAAACAUGUGGGAUGAAAUUGUGUAGCAAAAAUCCUCCUCUCUUUGCACUAAUGAAGAUCCUACUUAAGAGGGGGCUUCAGAAAGUGGAAAAAUGGAAUUAAAAGAUAAUAGAAUUUUCCCCACAAACCUUUUGGAAGCCCCCUGGUAUCUAUAGAUCUUGCGUUGCUCAAAUCUCCAUUAAGUCAGUAACCCACACUGAACUCUUGGAAUGUGAGCACUUUAUAUCACACCCUAGCAUUUAAUAUAAUGCAUUAUAUUGUUACCUAAGUGUUUUAUAUAUCUUGUUCCUCCAUCCGAAUUAGAAGUUGCUAGUGGGACGGGAAAGGGUCAGCUUGAGUCAGAAUUCAGUCAGUGGCGGUGAGUUUUAAAUUUUUUUUUUCUCUUUUGUUUUUAAGUCUUGAAAGCUUUCUUCGUAUUCAGUACAAUAAUAUAUACACAUACAUUCAUACAUAUAUAUAUAGAAAAUGAUAUGGGUACUGAUUGUUAUGAAUAUUAUGUUUCACGAGGACAUACCCAAGAUACUAAAAAUGUAGAGCUAGCCCUCAAGUAGGUGAUAUAUUUGCAUUAGACAGAGAUUAUUCACACUCAUGACACAGAAUUUGAAGUUGUGGAAGUACAAUAAUACUAAUUGCCAGCAUUUUUGCUUAAACACUGCCCAGAUGCUUUUGGCAGGUCAAUGUGUUAGAAUUCCCUAACAAUAUUUCAAACAAUUAUUUUCCCUAUUUUGAAAAUGAGGAAACUGAGGGGCGGAAUGGUAAUUAAGCUACUUGCCCAAAGUUAUUCAAAUGAUCUAGUAGCUAAAGUAUCUUAAGUGUCUUAAACUAUUUGAACCCAGGCAGUCUGGCUCCAGAAUCUGUGUGGUUUCUUUCUCUGUAGUUUUCCUUUAUGCUUGCAAGGGUUAUCUAAAAGUUGAAGCUGCUAUCUCUGUUGUAAAAUGUGCUCUUUUAAAAAUUCCAAAGUAGAAUGAAAGAUUGCAGUGACCCUGCGUUGCAGAAACAGUGCUGAGGUUUCUAGGUAAAAGAGGUUCCUGGUGGAAUGGUUAAAGGGACACUACUGGAUUUUGGACUGAAAACAAGUAAACAGAGACUAAAUUUAGAAUCUCCAAGCUGGAUGUUGAAUGUAACUCUGUAGAUGUUCAGUGCUUGAGGACCCAGGAUAAUGAUUGUGUAAAAUGCCAGUUUAAUAUCAAUAAGCCUAUGGCAAAUAAAAGCAUAUCGAAUGACUUGAGAUCUUACUGCCUUUCUUUAUGAAACACUUCCUAGACUUCAAGAUGUUAGUGGUAGUAACUUAACAGAAUGUGGGCAUCCUGUGUUUCCCAGUGCUAUUCUGUUUGCUAUAUCAUUGUGUGACAUGUCGAUCCACAUCUUUUACUGAGAAAUAAUGAACACUGUUAGGGCAAGGAGCUAUGUUCAAACCAAGUAGUGGUUCUUUAGCAAAAAAUAAAGGUGGAGGGUAAAGUUUUGUACCAUUGAAUUGGUAAUAAACCCGAAACAGUCAUUUAGAGUUGGGUCUGUAAGCAAAAUACAGCAAGAUAAGGAAAAAUGGUAUUUUUGGGGAAGCCCAGCUCUGUAUCCCUUUGUUGGGUGCUGGCAGUAUUAUUUUGGGGCUAUUGGGCAUCAACAGAGUCGCGCGGUCUAAAUGACUCUACAGAUAAGAGACUAUAUACAUCCCGGCACCUGCUGUCCAGGAAUCGGAGGAAGUUGAAGCAUGGGCCACAAACCUGGUUAUCAACCAGAGAGGACCACACCUUCCAGGCAUCUUGCCUUGGAAACAUAAUGUGGCUUCCAUGUCAUCUUUGAAUCUAAAGCAUACCCGCGUUUCAGCAUGUCUUCAGUGGAGACCAGAGACCAAGUUUGCUCCCUCAGAAAGUCUCCCAAACCUGUGAAGCAACAACCCCUGCCAGAAGAAAACAGAGGAGACAACACAGCUUUCCUAGAUUGGGAGAAAAAUAUGGAAUGUACUUUACCGCUGACUGAACACAACCAAAUGAACUGUACUGACAGUAGUCUGAAAACCAGCAGUUAGCAGUUUGUUCGGGCUCUAACAUUGCCCAGUACUUUCCAGAGCAAAUUCACUGUUUACAAGAACUCUCAACCUUACGGAGUUUAUAACCUCAAGCUUGGUUUAUUUGAAAUCAUUUCGGCAACAGAGAAGUACCCCAGAGCCCACUGUCCAAAAUGGCCAUGGAUGAGUAUUUGUGGAUGGUCAUUUUGGGUUUUAUCAUAGCUUUCAUCUUGGCAUUUUCUGUUGGUGCGAAUGAUGUUGCCAAUUCAUUCGGUACUGCUGUGGGCUCCGGCGUGGUGUCACUGAGACAGGCGUGUAUAUUGGCUUCAAUAUUUGAAACCACCGGCUCAGUGUUAUUGGGAGCCAAAGUCGGAGAGACCAUUCGGAAGGGUAUCAUUGAUGUGAACCUAUACAACAAAACGGUAGAAACGCUAAUGGCUGGGGAAGUUAGCGCAAUGGUUGGUUCAGCAGUUUGGCAGUUGAUUGCUUCCUUCCUGAGACUCCCAAUCUCAGGGACCCACUGCAUUGUUGGUUCUACUAUAGGAUUUUCACUGGUUGCAAUUGGUACAAAAGGUGUGCAGUGGAUGGAACUUGUCAAGAUUGUUGCUUCUUGGUUUAUAUCUCCACUGUUAUCUGGUUUCAUGUCUGGCGUGCUAUUUGUGCUGAUCAGAAUCUUCAUCUUAAAGAAGGAGGACCCUGUUCCCAAUGGCCUUCGGGCACUUCCAGUGUUCUAUGCUGCCACUAUCGCGAUAAAUGUGUUUUCCAUCAUGUACACAGGGGCACCAGUGCUGGGCCUGGUUCUCCCCAUGUGGGCAAUAGCGCUCAUCUCCUUCGGCGUUGCCCUCCUGUUUGCCCUUGUUGUGUGGAUCUUUGUGUGCCCAUGGAUGCGGAGGAAAAUAACAGGCAAAUUGCAGAAAGAAGGUGCUUUAUCACAAGUAUCUGAUGAGAGCCUCAGUAAAGGGCCAGAUGUGGAAUCGUCAGUAUUCAGAGAGCUCCCCGGGGCCAAGACUACUGACAACAGCACUGUCCCUCUGACGGGCUCAGCCGGGGAGGUCUCGGGGCCCUCAGAAGGCACCUCUGUGGGAAACCAUCCUCGGGCCUUGUAUGGAAGGGCCCUGUCCAUGACUCACGGCUCUGUGAAGUCGCCCAUCUCCAAUGGCACAUUUGGCUUCGACAGCCAGACCAGGAGCGAUGGCCACGUGUACCACACCGUGCACAAGGACUCUGGGCUCUACAAAGACCUGCUGCACAAAAUCCACACAGACAGGGGCCCGGAGGAGAAGCCUGCCCCGGAGAACAACUACCGGUUUCUGCGGCGGAACAACAGCUACACGUGCUACACGGCGGCCAUCUGCGGGCUGCCGGUGCACUCGACUUUCAAAGGGGCCGAAGCCUCAUCGGCGCCCGAGGACAGCGAAAAGCUGGUGGGGGACACCGUGUCCUAUUCGAAGAAGAGACUUCGCUAUGACAGCUACUCCAGCUACUGCAACGCGGUAGCUGAGGCUGAGAUCGAAGCGGAAGAGGGCGGGGUGGAGAUGAGGCUGGCGUCGGAGCUGGCAGACCCUGACCAGCCUCGGGAGGACCCCGUGGAGGAGGAGAAGGAGGAGAAGGACACGGCCGAGGUGCACCUCCUGUUCCACUUCCUACAAGUCCUCACAGCCUGUUUCGGAUCCUUUGCUCACGGUGGCAACGAUGUGAGUAAUGCCAUUGGUCCCCUGGUAGCUCUGUGGCUUAUUUACGAACAAGGCGGAGUCCUGCAAGAAGCAGCUACUCCUGUCUGGCUGCUCUUUUACGGAGGCGUCGGGAUCUGUAUGGGCCUCUGGGUGUGGGGGAGGAGAGUCAUCCAGACCAUGGGAAAGGACCUCACUCCCAUCACACCAUCCAGUGGCUUCACCAUUGAACUGGCCUCGGCAUUCACGGUGGUGGUUGCCUCCAACAUCGGGCUUCCUGUCAGCACCACACACUGCAAGGUGGGCUCAGUGGUGGCGGUGGGCUGGAUCCGCUCCCGGAAGGCCGUGGACUGGCGCCUCUUCAGGAACAUCUUUGUGGCCUGGUUUGUGACGGUGCCCGUGGCCGGCCUGUUCAGUGCAGCUGUCAUGGCGCUUCUCAUGUAUGGGAUCCUCCCCUACGUGUGACUUGUCUCUCUCACCCAGCCCGCCAGGAACGGGGCGGUCUGGCUCGGGCACUCACAGGAGGUGUGUCCCACAUAACACAAACGCACACAUGCACACAGACACAUACUCUCUCCCUCCCAGAUCUAACAUGCCCUGUCAGCCCGUCCCAUAGGACGACACGGUUCACCUGGGCUGCCUAGAUCCAUCUUCCAGAGCUAACUUAAAACUACUGUACAUAGUACUGUGUAUUAAACUGGUAUCGUGGUGAUAGAACGUGGUGCAGUUAUUUAUAUAGUUGACAUAUAUUGUAUACAUAGACCAGGUAGCGUUUUUUCCAACAUACUCAAAGUGGAAGUAGAGGUAAUUGCCUAGAAUUAAAUCUCCAGGGCCUUUUUGUACAUCAUGAUACCAGUGGCAAGUUUAAAGACCCUUUUGAAAGGAAAGCCGAGAUUGGAAAGUGGUUAUUUUCCCAUGGAGGCUGCGGUUGGAGUGAGGGGUGCCGGUGGCCAGACUGCUGUGGAAUCACACUAGCAGCAGGGCUUCACCAGUGCUUUCUUUGAAGAAGCUGUUCACAUACUGUGUACCGAUUGUUGUGUAAGAAUGAUGUCUGUAAAUACUUAAAACUGUUAAAUUUUUUAAUGGUGUGCUUCCCUUAUACGUCUUUGAUCAGAGAAUUUUAGAAAGUACCAAAGAAGCAGGGAAAUAGUCUGCCAGUAUUAUAUUUUCCUAUUGUCUCUCUCCCCUGUCACUCACCACUCCCCUGAGCCUGGGAGAUAGUCAGUCAGACCAGCCGUGCUGUCACCCGCCCCAGCCACAACAUGGACCCCCCCAGCCCCACCACCCUCCAGGUGGGGGUCUGCAGACUGGGGGCCAGAUUAAACACUACAUAUCGUGUCCAGUUAGAGGUCCAUCCCAUCUGCGCUUGCAGCCUGCGGAGCAGAAGUCUUGUCUCCAAUACAGAAGCCAGGGAUGCGGCUUUGGAAUAGGCUCUGCCGCUCUGGAAAUUCCCCUGGGGUGGGGGCCUGAGGUACUGGAGAGCACGCUGGAUUUGAGGGUUUCCUUGGGGCCUUUCCGAAGCGGAACAUCUUGAGGCUCUACUGAUGGGUGGGACAGGGGCCGAGAAGACCGACAUGUCAGAGCCUGAAACUAUGGAAAUGCUGCUAAAAUUUUUAUAUUGACAAACAUCGGUAUUUCAUUGUGAUUUUUCAUUAAUCAACCAUAUUAAAUUUAUAAUAAAAAAUUGGCCCAUAA